AUGGCUGCGCAGCCGCUUCUGCGGAUUUUGUGUCUGGCGGGUUUUCGGCAGAGCGAGCGGGGCUUCCGUGAGAAGACCGGGGCGCUGCGGAAGGCGCUGCGGGGCCGCGCAGAGCUCGUGUGCCUCAGCGGCCCGCACCCGGUCGUGGACGCAGCUGGGUCGGAGGGCGCCAAGCCAGACUCCGGACCCUGCCCCCCGGAGGAGCAGCCUCGAGGCUGGUGGUUUUCCGAACAGGAGGCAGACGUUUUCUUGGCCCUGGAAGACCCCACGGCGUGCAGAGGUCUGGAGGAAGCCCUGGGAACGGUGGCACAAGCACUGAGCAACCUGGGGCCUUUCGAUGGGAUCCUUGGUUUCAGCCAGGGGGCCGCACUAGCAGCUCUUGUGUGUGCCCUUGGCCAAGCCGGCGAUCCCCGCUUCCCUUUGCCCCGGUUUGUCAUCCUCGUAUCUGGUUUCUGCCCGCGGGGCCUUGGCCUCAUGGAACCCAUCAUGCAGGGCCCCUUGUCACUGCCUUCCCUCCAUGUUUUUGGGGACACUGACGGCGUCAUCCCCUCUCAGGAGAGUGUGCAGCUGUGUAGCCGAUUCAAUGGAGCCAUCACCCUUACCCACUCUGGUGGCCACUUCAUUCCAGCAGCAGCACCCCAGCGUCAGGCCUACCUCAAGUUCUUGGACCAGUUUGCAAACUGA